AUGUCGCUCACUUUCAAUACCACCUCGUUGAGAUGGGUUGCUCCUGAAGGUCAGGCGAUCGUCAAGAUCAGCAAUGCCACGCAACAGCGUUUUGCCAUCAAGAUCAAAACCACAAAUGUGGACGUUUACAAGACCACUCCGAACACCGAUUUCAUCAAUCCUGGAUUCACUUUGAAUUUGGUGGUUUGCCGUGGCAAAGCGCCGAUGAAAGAGGACAAAUUGGCUAUCAAUUAUAUUGAGGUAUCCGGAAACGCGCAAAGACACGGGAAACGCGUCAACGGGUUACAACCAGGAGUCAAGCCGAACGUCUACAUGAUCACAAUGAAGUGUGAGGAGACUCCACCGGCUCCAGGAGCUCCAUAA